AUGGGUGCUAAUUCUAUAACCAUCAUCUUUUCCCCCUACCAUGUUGGCCUUCGUGACCACCGUGUUGGUGACGGCCCUAACCGCAUUCGAGCCCUGGGGGUCAUUCAAGAGCUGGAAAAACUGGGUGUGACAGUACACGUUCACGAGUUGCUCCCAGUUGAUGAUCAUGAAGGUGAGAUAGGUCGCAGCUUUGAGCUACUCCGGCGGACGUCCAAGGCGGUAACAGAGGUGUGCGCCAAGCAAUCUUUCCCUCUUGUUCUCUCCGGAAAUUGCAUGGCAAGCGCUGGAGUCGCCUGUGGGCUGGGCCUUGAGAAUCUUGGCUGGAUCUACUUUGACGCGCACGACGAUAUGGAAACACCCUCAACGAACAUAAACGGAUACUUGGAUGCCAUGGGUCUGUCAAUGCUGGCGGGCGAAAGCUUCCAUCGUUUGGCAAACACGAUUCCUGGAUACGCUCCGCACAAGUACGACAAAAUGAUUUACUGCGGCCUUCGCGAUAUCGAGGACAGCUCGAAAGAUAUUGUGCGAAAGGCUGGAGCGGAGGUUAUCUGGGGCGAACCAGGCAGACAUGUCGACUUUGCGAGUAAGGUCACGGAAGCUCUUAGUGCGAAGGACUAUUCGCCCGCUUUGGUCCAUCUUGACCUUGAUGUCUUGGAUGAGAGCAUUGGAAAGGUUAAUGGUUACGAGAGCCCAGGAGGCUUGCAAGAAGAUGACUUGAUGAAGUGUAUGGAUCUCGUUCCACAGAAAGCUACUCCGACAUCUCUUACAGUCUGUUCGUUCAAUCCUAACUUGGGAGAUGGCGAUAAAGUUGCUACGAUUGGUGUAAAGGCUAUCGUUACCUUUGUCAAAUCGCUUCUAAAAACUGAAGCUUUAGUAACAAAGUAG